AUGGCAUCAAAAGAAGGAGCAGGGAACCUAGAGUGGAUGAUAAAUGUUGACAAUGGAGCAACCGAGAGAUUGGUUCCUAAAUCAGGACCUAGUAUAAGAAUCUUUCUUUGGCUAAAGGGUUUAGUAAUGAAGGUAAUUCUGGAGCGACUCUCAAAGUUUAUGAGGAAGACCUGGAAGAUUGGGGCAGAUGAUCCGGCAAAAGUGGUUCAUUGUCUGAAAGUAGGACUUGCACUUUCAUUAGUCUCAAUCUUCUAUUACAUGAGACCUUUGUAUGAUGGAGUUGGAGGAAAUGCUAUGUGGGCUAUCAUGACUGUUGUAGUCGUCUUUGAGUCCAAUGUCGGAGCAACAUUCUCAAAAUGUGUGAACAGAGUGGUGGCAACUAUAUUAGCUGGAUCACUAGGCAUUGCUGUUCACUGGGUUGCAAAUCAAUCAGGAAAAGCUGAGAUUUUCGUCAUUGGAUGCUCUGUUUUUCUCUUUGCUUUCGCAGCUACUUAUUCGCGGUUUGUGCCUUCAUUCAAAGCCAGAUUCGACUAUGGAGCGAUGAUCUUUAUCCUCACAUUUAGCCUUGUCUCAGUAGGCGGUUACCGAGUAGAUAAGCUGGUUGAUAUGGCUCAGGAAAGAGUAUCAACUAUUGCUAUUGGAACAUCUAUUUGCAUUAUCAUCACUGUCUUCUUCUGUCCAAUAUGGGCAGGAACUCAGCUUCAUCGCCUUGUUCAACGUAAUUUUGUAAAACUUGCUGACUCAUUAGACGGCUGUGUAGAAGAGUACUUCAAGAAGAAAGACAUCUCAACGAAUGAGAAUCAAGAUGAAGAGACCAACAUGAAGUUGCAAGGAUUCAAAUGUGUACUAAACUCUAAGGGAACAGAGGAAUCCAUGGCGAAUCUAGCUAGGUGGGAACCUGCACAUGGAAGUUUUAACUUCAGGCAUCCAUGGCAACAAUAUGUAAAGAUAGGGGCAGCUAUGAGGAGAUGUGCUUAUUGCCUUGAGAAUCUUAGUACAUGCAUGAGCUAUGAAACAGAGGUACCAGACAAGGUCAAGAGGCAUUUCGGAGAUGCUUGUCUGAAACUGAGCUCAGCUUCUUCAAAAAUCUUGAGAGAAUUAGCAGAUAUGAUGAACAAUACAAGAAAAUCUUCGAAGAUGGAUUUCUUGGUGUUUGAUAUGAACUCAGCAGUACAAGAGCUUCAAGAAACCUUAAAGACUGUUCCAGUUAAAACCAACAAACCCGAAGAAGAAGUUCCAAACAACAAUGAAGACAGAACCAUGUCGAUGAGCCUACAUGAAGUCCUUCCUGUUGCAACUUUGGUUUCGUUGUUAAUCGAAAAUGCAGCUAGGAUUCAAAACACGGUCGAAGCAGUAGAUGAACUAGCAAAUCUUGCAGAUUUCAAACAAGAUUCAAAAAAGAAAACGGGAGACAACAAGGCUAAACAACCACCACAAAGUUCCUAA